ACCAUCGGUACGAUCGAUCUGAACCACGCCCGCCUGUAGCUGAUGCCUUAAAAUUAACCUCAACCAGGUGUCGAGCUGCAGUGAACCGAGGGAGCGGUAGGAAUCGCGUUUUCAACUGCUUUCUCUUCUUCUUCUUCUUCUUCCCGCAUCCAUCCCGGCAUCACUUCACAUCGAUACUCUGCCAUCGUUUUAUAUCGUCCUAGAAGUCAAUUAGAGCUCAGCAAUUACCGCCACUGCCAUCACGCCAGCAAGUCGGAGAAAGCAGAACUUUCAAUUCUCAAGCUUCGACACAGUGAAAUCAAUGUGCAAUCAUCUGGAAGUAUCGUCACUGCCAUGAACGACUUGGAGACACUAGAGCUCUAGAAAGCAAUGGCGGAAUCAAUUUUGUGAGCCAAUACGAGAUUAGGAGAUCCCAGAUUUCAGAUCGUCAGAGCUCAGAGGUCCACCGCUCACAUGCAACAAGCAAAAAACGGGACCUAACUGGCACGAUUUUAUUAGCGUGGCCAUCCAGAGCAAACAGGCAAGCUGUAGUGACCAAGCUGAGAAGAGACAAAGAACGAGCGCUAUAAUGGCCGGGGAGAGAGAACGCUGCAGGCCUAGGUAAAGUACUGGUACCGCCGCUAGCUCGUAGGCACGUAAUAGAGUGCUCGAGUACGAGCUUGCUCAAUCGAAAUCGGCUUUGAAAUUUGUCAUCGAGUGGAAUAUUAUGAAGCUUCUAAGAGUCUCAACUGCCAUGUUAAAGCUGUGUAUCUCACCGUUAAGUUGCUCAGAUCUUCGCAUUUGGAUCAAAUGUUUCAUAAAGGCUGAGUGAUCAGAGAACUCUGAGUACUGCCGAGUAAACAUGCAGAACUCUUGUGUGGAGCGGGAAGUGUUCUUAGACUGGGACGAGAGCAUUAGAACUUCUGUCGACUCUGCAUCAUCUUAUUUCUCAGCAGAUGAAGACGAUGAAUUCAAGCUCCGAAUCUUCAAUCCUGAAUCAUGGAUGGGAGACAUGAAGUCUGUCCAGGAAAGAAGGCAAAAAUUCUUAUGCAAUAUGGGAUUUGAGAAACUUUUUUUUCCUCACUCAGAUUUCUCAUCAUCUAUGAAGAAAUCUCAAAUUGAGAUAAGCAGACUUACCAAUGCCAAUGGUGCUGCCCUGGAUUCCUUUUCAGCAACGGAUGAUGGGAUACAAGGAGAUUGCAUAAGGAAUCUGGACAAUGGAAAGGUAUUUAUCGUUCAUGAGCUUGGGGAUAAUGGUUUGCCCAGCUUGCUCAAAGAAUUAGGUUCUGACAAACUUUUGACAUACCAGGAGUUUGAAGAGUUACUCGGAUUUCCCUGCUCUGUUCAUAAACAAAUGGACAGAAAAGUUUCGCUUGCUACAGAAAAACAGUGUGAUAGUGUUGCUGCAAGGAGAAAGCAUAGGAGCUGGUGGAGAAGGAUUCUCAACAAGAAACAUUUGGUAGGAAUGUGCGAGCAUGAUGUCACCAUAAAAAAUUCCCAACUGCCCCGGACUAUAAGAACGAAUGGACUGAGAAAUAGGAGACGGUCCAGAGAACUAACGGGGAUAUUCAUUGAGCAGGAAAUCCGAGCACAUGUUGGUUCAAUUAGGGCUUUGAAGUUUAGUCCAUCAAGAUGGUAUAUAGCAAGUGGUGGUGAAGAUUCAAUCGUUCGCAUCUGGCAAAUUAAGGAAGCAGAAGCCACUUGCAAGUGCGAAGUGGAAAAUAGUUCAGCCAAUAGUAUUGGUGAAUGCAGAUGUAGCUCUUUAAUUGGAAUGAAAGAUGGUAACCGUGCUCCUGUUGUAUUCCCGAAGAAGGCUUAUAAGAUCUUGGAGAAACCAAGACAUGAAUUCCAUGGACAUACUGGUGAAAUUCUCGAUCUUUCAUGGUCUUCAUCGAAUCAACUUCUAACAGCAUCCAUUGACAAAACUGUGCGAUUGUGGAAAGUUGGUUGUGAUGGAUGCCUUCAAGUUUUUCUGCACAAUGAUUAUGUAACUUGUAUUCAAUUCAAUCCCGUUGAUGAAAGAUACUUCAUUAGUGGUUCCAUAGAUGGCAAAGUUCGCAUUUGGAGUGUUUUGGAGAAUCAUGUGUUUGAUUGGGUUGGCAUACGUGAUAUUGUGACUGCUGUGUGCUAUCGGCCAGACGGAAAGGGUUUUGUUGUCGGCUCGAUCAAUGGAAAUUGCCGUUUUUAUGAUUACUCACGAGGUAAUAGCAUGCACUUGUACAUGCAAUUUCCUAUUGAAGGUAAACAGAAAUCUGCUGGAAAACGAGUUACAGGGUUACAGUACUCACCCGACGAUACGGAACAGAUUAUGAUCACAUCAGCAGACUCCAGAGUUCGAAUUUUUGAUGGAUUUGGCGUUGCUCACAAAUUCAGAGGCCUUCGAAGGACCAGAAGCCAUGCUUCCGCUUCAUUCACUUCCGAUGGCCGGCACAUUAUCUCUGUUGGAGAAGACUCCAACGUGUACAUCUGGAACUAUGAUUCUUCAAGGAAGCCAACCCCUCGAAGGACAAAAUCUAUACGGUCUUCUGAAUCCUUCUUUUCUAAAGGAGUAUCCGUUGCAGUUCCAUGGCCUGACAUGGAUCACAAAACAGCAGGUCCAACAACCGAAAGACUUCAUCUUCCAUCUCCUAUAAAAAUCUUGGGGCCUUCCGCCUGGUUCUCGAAUUCAGAAUGCUUUUUUCUUGGGUGUUGGCUGUUUGCCGAUAGCGUUUCUCGAGUCGGACCAGCGGAGAAACUUCCAGUAUCAUCGGGUGCCUUUUCGUUGCAGCUAGAUGAUACCCAACUGGGCAAGUUUCAUAGAGAAUUGACUCAUCAUUAUAAGCAGCUGACAUCUCUGGCAGCUAUGUGUAGCAUGAGAAUUGUAACGGCUAGCUCAGAUGGAUUCAUCAGAUCCUUCCAUAAUUUUGGAUUGCCUGUCUGGUCUUAAGAGCUUGGAGGUAAUCCUAAGUGGAUGAAACAAGUUCUGGUCAGUAUUGUUUUUUUGUGCCAGUACUAUUUGGGACCUCAAUUUCAUGUUCCAAAUUUUUGUCUCCAAGCUUCAUGAUUAGGAGCUAAGAUUUGGACAUUUGUAAUUGGAUAGGUAACGGUAAAUAAGUCUGUGGAAGAAAGUAUAGAUAAAGCAAAUGGACUGUUGGUAGACAGUGCUAGGAGUUUGCAAGCAACCUUAACUGUUUUAACUUGUGACGCUCUUGGCUCAUUUAUGGGAAUGCCCAGUGUCAUUAGUGUCUUUUUUUGGAAAAUGUAAGUCGAUUUGGUUUGUCGAUUAGAAUUUGCCAGGCAGCAUUUGAUAAAGCAGCAGUUAGUGCAUCAGCUUAGCCUUGAGAUACUGCUAGUCUGCAAAAGCCGUGGAAAAUUUUUCUACAGAGAAAUAGGUAGAGGAAUUAUUGUACGUGUUUUUGUCUUGGUUGGGGCUCUUUGGAAGGCUGUUUGAGGUUAAGGCCAUGUGAUUGAAUACAUGUUUUAGCGGUGUCAUAAUUGAUUGCUUUUCGCUUGCUGAUUUGGUGGUGAGAUUGUGCUUGUUAUUUGUUGCAAAGGAAACUUGUUGUUUUUUAUUUUAAGGUCAAAAUUCAGUUUAUGAUUUAA